AUCAGUUUCCCCAAACAUUUCCUAUAUUAAAUUCCUCUGAAAGAUGGCGCCAGUAAAUAAUGACGAUCACAAUGUCGUUACGAAUGAAAUCAAGAACGUUAUCCAAGACUUGUAUGAAAUCAUGAUACAAACGCAUAAUUACGACAGCGUUGGACGACCAACUCGUGAUAUUCUUGAGAAGUCUCUCAUCCAACUCUCAACUUCUCUCCAGAUCGUUUCUCAUGCCACGGUUCCCGCUGGGCCUCCGACCGGGAAACCUCAAUUUGAUAGGGUUGCAGGAAAGGCCACGGAUCUCGCAUAUGUUCCACAGGAUGUGAUACAUUACAUUGAUAAUGGGCGAAAUCCAGACAUUUAUACGAGAGAGUUUGUGGAGGCAGCGAGAAAAAACAAUCAAUUGAUGAGGGGCAAGAUGCAAGCGUUUGGAGAUUUCAGGGAUGUACUUGCCGGAGAGAUGGAAAAGGUGUUUCCAGAGUUGGAGGAUGAUAUUAGGAUGGUUGUAGAAUAUACUACCGAUGAUAAGGAGAAAAAAUAAGUGGGCGCUGUGUGGCUACACUACAUGGAUGAGAAUAGCUUGUGAGGAUCUGGGAGUGCGACGGGAAGGCGGGAAAUGGAAACAACAUCACAUCUGCAGAGUGAAACAACGGGAGAAAGGGAGUUUAUCAGAGAGGACAGGUUUCUUGCCGGGUGAAUAGAGUUCCUUAGGAAUUAGGAUACUAGGCUUAUGGCGCAUUCAAGGGCUGGAUUCGCAUGGAGUUCCGGAAACUACAAAUGUGGGACAUUGGAGUCAUGGGCAAUCGAACGAAUGGAACAUGAUACCAACCUGAUGGUAAUCAGGACCAAAGGAGUUUCGGUACAAGUACCGAUCGGCUACAAAGGAUGUUCAUGGCACAGAUGACAUCAAUCAGGUAGCUCAUCUCAUUUAUUCAUUUUCUGAUAUCACAAUUCAGUAGUGGGACGAAAACAGAUAUGUGUAUGCA